CGAUUUGGAGUGUUUCACUCGGUCCUCAUAAUAAAUUCUGCUGGUAGCAUUUCUCUGGGAUACGCUUCAUUUUUUUUCGCAAAGUACCUCAAUGUCGGACACUUGUCUGCGCGAGAGGCCUGGCAGCCAUCCAAGUGCCAUCUCUCGCCAGCUUUAUGACAGAAGCCCCGGUCGUGUGCUAACGUCGCUACCAAACUCAACUCGAUCGUUAUCUACUCUCCCAUACGACGUUCUGCUUAAUAUCGCGGAACUUUUAGAACCUGACGAUGUUAUGAAUUUACGAAGAACUUGUAAAUCUCUCCGAGACUUUGCCCAAUCUCGUGCGAUAUGGCUCACUUUCGCAGCUAACAUGCUCGAUGCUUGCAAACCGUUACCAUUGAAUGGAUUCCAAAGAAUACGAGACCUCCACACUCCAGCUCUCUCAAACUUAAUACGGCGUGGACGUCGUCUACAUCAUAUUUGGACGCAAACGGACCCGAAGCUUAUCAGACCAUACAAACAGGUUGCUGCACCUCGACAUGAAGAUGUUGUCUGGUUAUCACCGAUUACAUCAAAAUAUACUUUGUGUUGUACGAGGACGGGCAGGGUGCUUUGCUGGGACGUAGGUAAAGCCGAAUGUGUUGCAUCAUGGUCUUCGGGCGCAGACUGGGAGAUAUGGAAGUGUCGAGUCGAGUUUGAGGAACGAAUCGUGUAUUUCGCAAUGGCGAAACGGGGUGUGAAUGGCUUUGGGACGGAUUGUCAAUUGAUGGCCCUACAUUUUCCUGGCGAGGACAACGGGUCUGAAGAGGCGCCCUACUUCAGCAAACUAACAAGCUUCUGCUUUCCUGGACAUGUUAUUAGCGUCUAUCUCUUGGAUCCCUUACGGAGAUUGCUAUCGGCAUACAUCUGGGUAGAAAGGACGAACCAUCUCGGGUUGUACGUUCUCUUGGACUGGUCGAUACCCCUAUACGUCUUUUUAAAUACUGGUAUAUCCUGCGACCCCAUGUCGCGCGAAUGGUCCUGUAUAGGUUACGACCCAGAAAAUGUCGUCAUCCAUGCCGAAGAAGAAGUCCGAGGAUACCAAUUUUUCUACCCUUACACAUUCCUUCAAACACUCGCAACACGUACUCCUCCGCCCGCGAGACAGACAAAUCCACCACUCGUACCUCCUCCGCGUACCGUCUCUUCGGAUUUUAUCCCUACAGAAAACCCUUUUGAGAGCAAAUUCAUCACGCAAAGCUCGCAUUUCGUUCGUCAAUGGUGGCCCAUGAUUCCAUACACGGAACGAAUUCGCCGACGAAGUUGUACAAUUCUACUGCAGACAAUGACAGUACCACCUCCCGCGCCUGGUGGUCCACCUCUAGGUCCACACGACCCUCCCCCAGGCACUCAUCUCUUCACUAUUGCACAACAUUACUUUAGCAUACCAUUACGUAAGGAACAGCUGCGAUGGUGGUAUAUACGUGAACCGUUUGAGAUCGUGUGUUAUCCACAUAACCCGAAUGCAGAAGCACAGCAAGCGGAUGAGGAGGUAGCGAUUCCUGUACCACCGCAGGUAUCUCAGCAGGCUAUGGCUCAAUUGCAGGCGGAGCAUGAGGCUGCAGUGCUGGAUGCGAACGCUGAUGAUAACGAGGAUGAGGAUACAUAUAGUGAAGUUACGCAAUAUGCAGACGAGGUGGAGACAGAAGUGCAAUACCAAGUUGGCGGAGACGCCGACCCUGAUUCCGACUCACCACUGCCUCUUCCAGUACCUCCACCAGCCGACGCAUCGCAACAACACCAAGCCGCCAUGGCAGCAGCAGCCGCAGCCGAACAAAUGGACGACGGUGUUGCAGUCGUUCCUCUUGUAGCCGUCGACUUUGGUUGUGCUGCCUGGCUUGAAUACGUCAGUUUUGGAAGCGACGACUUGCGUGUACGAUACGUGACGUUCCCACCUGUUCACAUUGACCGUGCUGCGGAUGACUAUGUUGGACUAUCCUCGGAGAGAGACGUACAUACGCUUGAAGUACCACCGGAGAUUGAUUUGAAGCAUGUAUGCCAUAUUGGUUUGGAUCAAGCGCAGGGGACGAUUAUCCUUGGGAUGCGGAGGAGUAAUGUGUAUAUUUUGAGAUAUCACUGAGCGCUAGCGAUUUUCCUUGGUUAUUUGGUUGGGUUGGUACGUUUCUACUUUGGGUUAUUUUCGAGUUGAUUUGUUGAUGGAGGGGGCUUAUUGGAUUGGACUAAUGUAAAUCAAUCAUAAACGAUAUCCAGGAAAUUGUGCACUUUCAUGUAUAUCCCUGAUGAUGUAUAUCCUUGUAUUUGUAUAUCCAGA